AUGAUGGUUUUACAAUCAUCGAUCGUUGCUGUUGCCGCAAUGGAUGUCAUGAACCUCCCUCCUUCUCAUAUCGACCUAUGCCCAGACGCAUACUUGUUUGAGUUUAUGAGCGAACCAGGAACCGCCGCAGCCGCCGAGGAAGCAAACCAGUUCAAGGCUAAGAUUGCGUCCAUGAAGAGUGCACACAUCCGACAGGAGUUUGGAUUCCUCAUCAACGGGAUCUCCGCACAGGUGGCCGAUCAAGAUGAAUUAUUGGAGUUGAUGACCCUUGGUAUCCUCCAGACUGUUACACCAUUGACAAUCGUUUCACCACCGGAGCAAGUUCAACCGAGGCAAAAUGCACUUGUCACCAGCGCGUUGAACAUGACGGGGGUGAUCAGGGUCCACGCGGAGCUGGGGUUGACCGGUCAGGGAGUCAAGGUCGGAGUCAUUGAUACUGGGAUCGAUUACACCCAUCCAGCAUUGGGCGGUUGUUUCGGACCUGGUUGCAGGGUUGCAUAUGGUUACGACUUUGUCGGGAAUAACUAUACCGGCAAGAAUACACCCGUCUCAUCCCCGGAUCCUAUGGACUGUGCGGGACAUGGAUCGCACGUUGCAGGAAUCAUCGGUGCCUCAGAUGAUAUUGUCAUGGGCGUUGCACCCAAAGUGCUGUUGGGAGCGUAUCGUGUGCUGGGAUGCAACGGAAGCAGCAACGACGAUGUGAUCAUUGCAGCACUGGAACGGGCUGCAAAGGACAAGAUGGAUGUCAUCAACCUGUCGAUUGGAGAACCCAAUGGCUGGCCGGGGGGCCCGGUGUCGAAGGCUAUCAGUCGGAUGCAGGGCAAAGGGAUCAUGGUCGCUGUCUCGCAUGGAAAUGAGAAUACUUUAGGGUUGUUCAGUACCAACUAUGUUGCCAUUGGACGUGGUGUCUUGUCGGUUGCCUCGUUUAUUAAUACCAGGGCCUUGCUCACCUCCUUUACUAUUCCUCUGGCACCUGGGCGGUCCUUUAGGAAGACCGUGCUGGUUCUUCGCGGCGGUUGUGUGUUUGCUAUGAAGGCACAGAACGCGUUAGCAAAGGGAGCAACAGGGAUUUUGUUUGUCAACAACCUGCCCGAGUCCCUGAGUGCUGAUAUCAAGGACAUAAAGAUCUUGUCAGGAGCCAUGUCGCAACGAGAUGGGCAGCUCUUGCUUUCGUAUCUGAAAUCUAUCCCCCCACCAGCGGGACGAGGAGGAAGUCUGACGGGAGAGACGAUGGCAUCGUUUAGCAAAAACUCGACGGCGUUUGUUAACCCUGCAGGCGGGACCAUGUCUCUGUUCAGCUCUUAUGGACUUGACAACGAGCUUCAUAUCAAACCUGAUAUUGGCGCGCCAGGCGAAAACAUCUACUCGACAUGGCCGGUGGUGAACGGGGGUUACACGACACUUUCAGGAACCUCAAUGGCGAGUCCGCAUAUUGCUGGAGCAUUGGCACUAGCAAUUGAACGCUUGCGAAACCUGGACGCAAAUGGACUAGGAGAUGAAGACGCGUCCUCCACGUCGCCAGCAACAUCAACGCUUAAUUUGACGGCGGCACAUAUUCAACAAAUCUAUGCGACAUUCAAGAACACGGCAGAGCCGGCAUAUGUGUUCAGGAAUCAUAUGAAGUACGAUAUGUUGACGGAUCCGGCAACGAAGAUCCCGGGGACGGAUGCGAAGCAGGAGCCGGGGGCUUCUUCACCCGACGCGCGAUAUGAGCAUGGAGAUGGAGGAGAGGGUGGAGAAGGACGAGCGUAUGUGGAGUCGGUGGCGAAGCAGGGAUCAGGCAUGGUGAAUAUUUAUCGCGCGCUGACGAGUUUGGCGCACAAGGUGAAGCCCGAGUUAGCGCAUAUUGAGAGGGCGGGUGAUGUCCCGCCUAUCAGUUUGACGAAUGUCUUUCCUGCGAUGCUGGAGUUGAAUGAUACAGCGGCUGCAGAGUUGGAGUCCACUGGGAAGGGUGGAGGGAGAGGAGGGCAGACACGAUAUAUCACCAUCUCCAACUAUGGGCCGAACCCCGUCCGGUAUAAGUUAUCACACAUCUCAGCAGAGGGGCUUUUCGACCUGUCGAUAGAGAACAAGGAGACCAAACUUCGGAACCUGGACAUCUUUAAUGUGACCAACCCAGCCGACAAGGAUGUGGAUUAUGUGAAGUCCGCUGAUGCCAAGGCGACAAUUGAGUUUGCGGGUUUGGAGGGCGGCGUUAAGGUUCCUGGGGGUGGUGGGCAACGGCGGGUUGCGGUGACGAUCUUUCCACCAACGGGGAUCCCUGAAGACCAGCACUGGAUUUACUCUGGGUAUAUUGUCGUCCGUGCUGUUUCAAGUUCCUCGUCGAUUUCGACAUCGUUGGUGACAAGGGCGUCUACAGAUGUGAUCUCAGGAGAGACAAGGGAAGGCGGAGAGACAAAGGAGGCAGAUAGUAACCCGGCUGACGACUACUUUUCUUCCUCGACAUCGCCCUCACCGCCACCACCCGACGUGAUCCAUGUAUCAUACGCCGGAGUUGUCGGAAAGAUGAAGACCCUGCCCAUCUUCCUUCGCCCGACCGAGAAGGAGCUGAAAGUCGACAACCAGACAGCACUGUGUCAAAUGAUGGGCAGCGGGGCCAACAGGACCGACUUUAUUUACACCUUUAAUGGGACCGACCUUCCAAUCCUCACAUUCUGUCUCCAGAACCCAACCAAGUACCUCGCCAUGGAUCUCAUCAGCGCUCCUCCAGAAGGAUCCGAGCAGAUGGAACGAGACAACAAUAAUAAUGACCCUGGUGGCGCAGUGGAUCCGGAGGAUUAUCAGGUCAUUGGCAGGGUAGCUUCUAAUGAUAAUUUGAGCAGGAGCGUUCCGGUGUCGAUUGUUACGGCGGUGCAGUGGGAUGGGAUGCUGGAUCUGCUGGAUGGGAAUGGCAAGAACAAGAGUCAGGGAUUUGUGUCUACGGGAGAGUCGAGGCCGUUGAGACACUCGCCUGGGUUGGAUUUGGUGUAUGGGAUGAGGGCUCACCCUGAAGGGGAGGAGGGUGAGAGUUCGACAUCGCAGUUGCAGUCGGCUAGGGACCAGACAUCGUCAUCGAGUGGUUUGGGUGGACGUGAUGCUAGGCUAUUGGAGCGUCGAAGCGCACUUGACCCUGUAGUCAAGCGGAAGGCACAUAUCGACGAGGACGUCGACGGCACCAGUGCCACCAAUGGCGACGACGACGGCAACAAAGACAACGGCAAGAGCAGGAAGAAGAGCCGGAAGGAAGCUAGCAAAGUCGAUGACGCCAAUGAGGAUGGUGACAACGAGACAGCGCAGGCCAGGAACGACCGCCUUCUACGCAACUACAAGAAGAAGGCAGAGUUGGCUGCUGCCGGUGCGGACCCGAAACAGAUCCAGUUGGCGGUUCCGAAUGGUCGCUAUCGGUUACGGAUCCGGGCGUUGAGGAUGUUGGCGGAUCCUGGGAAGGCGGAAGGGUAUGACUAUUGGAUUACUAGGACGUUUACGAUUCAGCGGAUUGAGCCAGCGACUACGAUAUCCACUUCUCCACCGCCGCUAAAAUAA